AUGUCGGCUCAUGAAUCACAAGCCGAUUUUACUCAAGAUGAGGAUGACAGAAUUCAAAGAUUACAUGGAUUUUACGGGUUGACCUUUUACAGCAUCCAGGAACAACAUUUUCCCGAGAGGAGUGAAGAAGAUAUCGAGAGGAGGUUCUAUGAGGUGAGAGACGCGAGAGCUGCGAGAGAUGCGAGAGCUCAUUUAGGUCCUCGAGCACAAAACCAAGAACUGCAACAACGAGAACACCAGUCUGCAGCUCUUCCUUCGGUCGCGGAAAGGCUUCUUGAUAUCGAGGGCAUCACAGAUGCUUAUCUCGCAGAAGGUGGCGCAGCGCUUGUAGCGCGCGUGCAUCCACGUUGGUCUGACAUUCUGGUUGUCAACAUCGCGUGUUUGAGAUCUCUGCUUGGCUCAGAAGCCAACAUACUCCCUGAGGCUACAAACGCUACUCAUACUUUUCGAACCGUCUCUUUGGCGUCACAAAAUCGCCUUGGGCCUCCUGGUUUGGCGCAGCCCCCAGCAAUUAUGCGAAUGGCUCAGGCACUGGCUAUCUCACUCUUCGGCGCUACCUGUCCCAGAACUUGUUUACAAUGCGAGGAAGGAUCGAAUCCAGUUUUGCUGGAAUGUCGUCGACGAGCGGGAUAUUUUGGUGGUGCUUGUAGUGAAUGUGUGCUGCACGGGCGUAGUGAAACGUGCAGCAGGUUUGACAAGCCGGUAAACAGUUUCAGCCUAAGAGACAAGCCAAAGAAUCAGCAGCGCCAGCAGUCAUCAUUGAAGUGUGGUAACUGUUUUCACCGUAAAACCCGUUGCGACGGAAAAAGAUCUUGCAAUCACUGUAUCAAGACGAACCGGGAAUGUGUUGAUGUGACCCAAGAAUCACGUAACAAGUAUCCUGAACGGGACUAUCGAAUACCGGAUCCUGGCCGUUCAGCAAGAGCAUGCGAUCACUGCCAUGGUGGAGCUGAAGGCUGUGAUAAGAUCCUGAGCGGAUGCAGUAGCUGUAGAAACAUGGGGAAAGAGUGCAGGUAUACAAAAGCUGCGACAGAUCGAGAAAAGAGGCUUAAGCGUAAAAACACACAGGAAGGAAAUGUUCAGCAGGGGUCUGCUCGCCAUCUAGGAAGCCAGGCCUUGCAACAGCAACAAGUGGACGAUGAAUCUCUUUACGGAGUCUCUCCUCCCGCGUCUGGUAACCAACAACAAGCAAAACGCCCACGAAGUGUGAAUUUUGGAACAGAGGGGCCAGGAGUUGGCUCAACUUCCCGAACAACUCCGGUGGCACAAGCCCCUCCCAGACCGAGAGACCCAGUUACGAGCGCAGAAGCGUCUGCUUCCCGCCCACAGCAACAUCAACAACUACGAAGCUCAUUGCCAGGAGAUGACGUUUCUUCAAGUUCGAGCAUAUUAGCAAGAUAUGCUCCAGAGCCAAGGAGAGGUCCUCCUACUCCAACCCCGCCACUGCACCAGCGACGGCCAAGGAGAGCCCCCCCUACUCCACCUCCGCUAUCAAAUCAACCACAAGAAUCUCCGUCUAGACCAGUCAGUGGAGUGGCUGCCCACGAAACUCAGGUUAGCAUGGUAGAGCUUGGUCAUGCAUUGCCAGCGGCAUCAGGACCAGGGUCGCAUGUGAUGGGUGACAAUAGACGCGGCGGAAGUGGAAGAGAGACUGAAAGGGUAAGGGGCAAUGGCCAUGGAAGGGGACGUGGAAGAGCAUAG